AUGGUUUUUAUUACCGAAAGUUUAAUUCGUAAACGAGCUGAACAUAAUGAAGGACAAUUGUCAACACUUGAAGAAGUAUCACUUCAUCAACAAGAUAUUGAAAAAAUUGAAUAUUUGGAUAAAUGGUGUCGAGAAUUACGAAUACUUUAUUUACAAAGCAAUCUUAUUUCAAAAAUCGAAAAUGUUGGUCGAUUAAAAAAAUUAGAAUAUCUCAAUUUAGCACUGAAUAAUAUUGAAUAUAUUGAAAAUCUUUCUGGAUGUGAAUCAUUAAAUAAACUUGAUUUAACAUUAAAUUUUAUUGGUAUAUUAUCAAGUGUUGAAAAUCUUCGUGAUAAUAUUCAUCUUGCAGAUUUAUAUUUAACUGGUAAUCCAUGUGUUGAUCAUGAAGGUUAUCGUGAUUAUGUUAUUGCUACAUUGCCACAAUUACAAAGAUUAGAUGGAAAUGAAAUUACAAAAACUGAACGAAUUUUAGCAUUACAAAAAUACGAUAAGAUUUCCAAGCGUAUCGAAGAAUUGGAUCAACAAUAUGCAGAAAAACGAAAAAAUCAAGUGAAUGAAUAUGCACGAACUAAACAAGAACGUGAUGCUGAUGAAAAUUAUUGGGAACAACAAUCAGAAUACACACCAGAAUCACGUAUUGAAACACAUGAAAGUAUGAAAAAAAAACGUGAACGUGAAUCAAAAGAAACAAAAACUGAACCGAAACCUGUCCGUCAAUAUAUUGGUGAUGAUGGUCGUCCACUCAAUUGUAAUGAACCUAAAGUUGAUUUCAAAAUGUAUGAAAGUGAUGAUGAUCGAUAUAUUAUUCUUGAUAUUGCUGUUUUUCGUCAUUUGGAUACAUCACUUAUCGAUGUUGAUGUUCAACCUACUUAUGUUCGAGCCACUAUUAAAGGAAAAAUUUUACAAUUGGUCUUAUCCGAAGAAGUGAAUACAACACUUUCAGCAGCUGAACGAUCUAAAACAACAGGACAUUUAGUUAUUAAAAUGCUCAAAGUAAAAGAAUCAAAUACUCCAAUUGAAACAAAACCCCAAAUUGAAAAUAAAAAAACUUCUACAUCAUCUUCUGAAAAAUCAUCGACCUAUCUUGAACUUGGUAAAGAUCCAUCAUCAACUGUUGACUACACUCAAAUUGUAAAUCAAAAUAAAAGAAAUUCUCAAUUAAAACCUAAAACAAAUCCAUCAAAAGAACGAGAAAAUUCAUCAGAUUUUAUUGAUAAUCCGGAUGUACCUCCUUUAAUCUAA